CUGUUUCCAAUCCAUCAUAACUUCACUCCUAGAUACCGCGCACUCUGAAGUCGGAAACCCUAAAUUCCCAAAUGUUCCCGAGACUGUAGACGUCCCUUAGAUGCGGUGUUGCGGUCGGCUGCCUCCUCCCCAAUCGAUCCAUGGCGGAUCUUCCGCUAGAAGUCAUCGUCGAUAUUCUCACUCGUUUGCCCGUCAGGUCCCUCCUCCGCUUCCGCUGUACCUGCAGGUCAUGGCGUUCCCUGAUUGAUGCCCGCGACUUCAUCUUCUCCCAUCUCCACAAGUCACUCGAAACUAGCUCCAAUAGCCUCGUCAUUUUCAGACAGAACUCCGAUCUUUAUGCCGUCAAUUUCGAUACCCUCGAUGAGGCCGUUGAGGUCGUCCACCCUAUCAUGUGUUAUGGUAACCGCAUCAAGGUUUUAGGUUCUUGCAACGGAUUGCUCUGUAUCUGCAACGUCGCCGAGGAUAUUGCUUUAUGGAACCCCUCUAUUCGAAAACAUAGGAUUCUCCCUUUGCUGCCGGUGGAGCGACGACCUGAAUCCGAUGCCAGCUUAUUCGCCGCCAGAGUUUAUGGGUUUGGGUAUGAUUCCUUCUCCGAUGAUUAUAAACUGCUCAGGAUUUCAUAUUUUAUUGACUUACACAGUCGUACUUUCGAUUCUCAAGUCAAGAUUUAUAGCCUGAGAACAAAUUGUUGGAAAACAAUUCAGCGUAUGCCUUACGCCCUCUGUUGUGCGCGCACGAUGGGUGUGUUUGUUGGCGGGGCUUUACACUGGGUCGUCACUCGGAAGCUCGAACCCGAUGCGCCCGAUCUGAUCAUUGCGUUUGAUCUGAAAUACGAAAAUUUUAGGGAGGUGCCUCUGCCUGAAUUGGGAAAUCAGAAUUUUCAAAUGGAUGUGGCUUUAUUGGGGCGAUCCCUAUGCAUGCUUGCAAAUGACCAAAAUACGCGAGUGGAUAUUUGGGUGAUGAAAGAAUAUGGACACAGAGAGUCAUGGUGUAACUUGUUCACAUUGACACAAUCCCCUGAGUUGGGAUCUUUAAAAUCUGUGAGGCCCUUAACAUACUCAAGUGAUGGAAACAAGGUUUUCUUGGAACUGGACGAAAGGAAGCUCUGUUGGUAUGACUUGAAAAAUAAAGUAAUCAUUUUUAUCCAAAUCCCUAGAAUGCCCUCGUUGAUUGAUGGAACAAUUUGUGUCGGAACUCUUGUGCCACCAGCUCUAGAAAGUAAAAUUGAUAAGCAGCAGCAAGAGUUGGAGGCAAAGAAAGAAAGGGAUGCCUUCCUGUCCGAGGGAUUCAAAUUGGUACUGUAGGCCAACGGAGGAACAAACGGUAGAGCCGAUAUCUCUUUGCCCUUUCAAUAGGUAGCUUCUUGAGUUACGUUUUGAAAUUAGACUUGGUUGCUAAUCGGGAGUUAAAUGGGUUAGCAACAGAUCGGUGAGUACUCUUGUUGAUGUUUCUUUUUUUCUUGCAUUGUCUACAUUUUACAUCGUCUGUGUUUUGACAGAAACGUAGGCCGGAGAGGGAGUACGAGGGGGUUAAGAAGACCAGAUAUACGAUGUUUUACUGACUCUACUGGAAUCAAUAUAGCGCCCAGGGGAUUACUUAAUAACCUACAAAACCUGGUGACCUCGACAGAAAUAUAGACAUACCUCUUUUGUAAUACAAUUAAGAUACUCAUACGAGUUGUGGAUAAACUUUGACAAAGCUACUGCUGUAAUAAUCACUUUUGCUUUCAUGUGGAAUGACGAUUAUGAUAUUUUAUCA